AUGUCACGCAGUGAUAUAAUUCACACCGUGCACGAACUUGCCACCUUUGAGGAGUCCACUGAUGACAGUUCACACACACCCGAUGAAAAGUACUAUUAUCAGGUUAACAAGCGGAAGAGGAAAACAAAUAUUCCACAGAAAAGAGAUGGUAAUGGCAACGAUUAUGCCGAUGAUGAGUCGAUAUCGGAGAAUGGAGAGAAGUUCGAGCCGGUGAAUUUAAUUAACAAAGUUGAUCGUGUAGCAAACAAUGUUGCAGCUUCUUACGACGGACAGAAGAAUCCAGCUACAUGUGCGUCAAGUUCUUUACUUGAUCAACAGAGGAUAUACAACCUGCUUCUUGAUUACCUGUUGUUGAAGUAUCAGAUUCCGCCGGAAACUCGACUUCAAUCCCCAGUUACCUGCAGUUCUCUAUUCUGUGCUGAAAAAAUUAAUACAAAGUCCAAAGAUGGAGGCUUCAGAGAGUUGGAAUCGGAUGCCAGUAAAAAACCUUUUCAGGCGUUGUUGGAUCCAGGUAAUGCACAAAUACCGGGGAUGUUAUUGCCCGUCAAUCAGUCACAUCGUGAGAAUUUACAAAAUUCAGUUCGUGAUUCCGAAAUGGGCAUGUCUAAUUUAAUAAACAACACGGCGCAUAAUUUCAAGAACAGUAUUUAUGAAGCAAUCAGUACGUGCAUACAUAAUAUUCCAAUUCCCAAGACUGGACAUACAAACUAUGAAGCCAUGCUCCUCUGUUACAAAGGAUUACUUGAAAAAGCCUAUGCUUUACAACAUUCAAUAGACGUUUAUUUCAGUUUGUUGCAAAACACAAUCUUUCCAGCCUUGACUGGUUUGGAAAAUCUCCCCGGCAACAUGAGCUUUAACAUACAAAACGAUGGAGAACUUGAUCAGUCUUCUAUCUUCCUUGCUAGGCAAAGUGUUGAUCAGGCCUCGGACAGUCGUUUCUUACCGAAAGCUGAUUGCUUUGUAUCCCAGCACUUGGAUGGAGUAAACAAAACUAAAGACGUUUACCUUAAGACAAAUUUGCUUCUCGAUUCUUUGAGGGAAUCCGAAGAACGGAUGUUCAUUAGCGAAACUAGCGUUCCCAUUCCAGUAGAUUUGACAAAGGGUGCAACCCCAGUACAGAUUCAACAACCAAAUGAGAUGAACGAGGAGAACAAGAAUGUAGACAAUUUGGGAAGAGCCAUCAGGGAUGCAGUUGGAAACUUUUUGAAUUCUACAAACCACAAUGGAAUUCAGGUUGGCCGAAAACAGCUUUCACACGUACAGAAGCCGGUACAAUAUACAGAGCCCAACUCCCCUCCCAUGAAUGAACGAAUAGGUGUACAACAAACAAAAAGCAUCGAUCUUUCGUUUGUAUCCCCGGUCCAUGAUUCACUUGAUCGGUCGUACUUCUCGUACAACGCUCAUGCUGUUACAUCUCAAAAACGAAAGUCCUAUUUCAAGAACAAAAGGCUGAGGAAGGCGUAUGCAGUUCACUCUCCUACAACUUCAAACGCAGGACUUUCUGAUUCCAGUCCAAACAAAAAGUCAAAUUUCAGGGGAACUAGCGAAGAAGAAAACGAAGUUUCUCCGGAUUUUAAACCUACCGAGUCUAAUGUAAGUUUCUACACCUUUUUGCAUAUCUACUUAUUAUCGCUAUUCAAACCCAAGCUCACGUAG